AUGGGCCGCAAGCCAAACCAGCUCAUCCUCGAGUUCUUCGAGCGCGGCCCCAAGCUCGAGGAUGCCAGCAACCGCUACCAGCACACCUGCCGCUCCUGCGGCGAGAAGUUUCCCAAGGGCCGCAUCGACACGCUGACCGCGCACCUCGUCAAGAAGUGUCCCGCCCUCACGGCCCAGGAUCGCCAGCGCGCCAUCCUACAAUUCCAUGACCUUCCCGUCCCCGAUCUGCCGCCGCCACAGUCUUCGUCCGCCCAGGGGCCUGCACACCAAGUCACUGCUGCCCAGAAGCAUGGCGCAACCAACCCCAGCCAGCCCAUGACAUUACCCUACGCCGCGCCCAAGGCGGGCAUGUCACGCCUCGAGGCUCUCGCCGAAGUGUCGCGCCAGCGCCUAGAUCUCUCCGGCCAGCGCAUUCCCACGCCCGAUCCGGACCAGCUCCCCGAACGCCGCGGCUCCAUGCGCGACGAUGCCAUGCAAAACCCCGGCCCCGUGUAUGAGGACUUUCUGGUGCAGGACCACGACCCCAAGCCCAACCCCGACUCCAAUGGUAGCGCUGUAGAUGCACCAAUACAUAAUAACGAACCGUCUGGCGCACAACAGCCGCAAUCUCUCUACCAGUACGACCACCUCGCCGUCGGUUCGCCCCAUUCCGCUGGCACCCCGAUACCGCCAGCAUCAUCCACGCCGCCCUCCUCUACACUCCCUCCCGCCUCAAGUGCUACAGCCGCAACACAUUCUCACCCCUCACCCUUGGUCAUGGCUGCAUCGGCUGCAGAAGAACUGCGCGCCAAUAUGCCAAAUGUGAACCACUCCAUGGAACACCAUGGGAGUCCAGGUGAAGCAGCCUACAACCCUCAGACAGGACGCACUGGAAUCUGGGCUUCUAUCGACCCAGUGCUCCAGCUGCAAGACGCGACCCGCGACCAUCCCGAAUCCCACAGCCCCUCGCCAAAUGCGGCAUCUGCUACAUAUCACAGGCCCAUAGCGAUCAAUCCAAACGGCCAGCAAACACAUUUUACCACCGACUUCAGUAUGAACCCCAAGCCAGCGAAGCCGAAAGUGAGAGGCAGGUUUUCAGACUCCCGGCGCAAAGAGGUCCAGGAGGUCAGGAAGCGGGGUGCAUGCAUCAGAUGUCGCAUGUUGAAGAAGCCGUGCUCUGGCGAGAGCCCGUGUAGCACAUGUCAAAACGUCGAAAGCGCACGCUUGUGGAAGCAUCCCUGCAUCCGCACGCGGAUUGCUGAAGAGUUCAACCUUUACUCGGCCGGACUACAUUCCGUCCUCGCGUUCCACUCAAUCAGUUCCGCCAAGGCGAACAUGCACUUUGAACACGUCCAUGGGAGGAUUGAAGCACGGUUGUUUGAUAUUGAGCCCACCAUGUACACGACAUUCACCACGCUGAAGGGCCUGCGCGGCGUGAAUGGGCCCAUCGAUCCGCAAUUGGUUGCUUCAGGCUUAUCCAUGGAAAGCAUGCAAGAUGUGGAGAUCAUCGACCCUGAUGUUGAGGAUAUCGGGGGGAAGCUCGAAUCUUACAUGAAAAGAAUUGGCCCGGUGAUCUAUGAGGCGGAAACAUCACCAUUCAUGAAACCCACACUCGUGAUGGCGCACCGUCUGAGCGUCGAGAACAAGGAAGGAAUUGAAAGCAAAGAGAGUCUGUUGUCUAAAGUGCUGGAAUUGUGGGUCGCCACCAGAGUCCUCGCUGAGCCGGACCUGAAGUUUCAGCUCUUUUUCAACCACACCCAACCUCCCUUCAAGGACCCCGUCAUCAUGACUCCACAGGACCUUGAGUCGGUCCCUCAAACAUCUCGCUUCCCCAUCGAACUUGCGACCCAUUCGGAGGCUUACAGGCUUAUCGAUGCGCAAAUACUCGGUGCCAUGGAGAAAAGGGCUGCCAACCUCAGCAAGUUUGUCAUGAACGAUUUGGAGCGCCGCCUCCUUCAACGCCAACAAGCCAACCCUUUUGAGACUUUCCUGGUCUCAAUGAUUCUUCUGGCCUGUGUAGAGCGCAUGUGCUGGCUGUUCAAGAGGUGGGAGAACCCGGCGCAUGUUCCGGCCCGCACUUAUAGCGUGCCGCCGGCGGAUUUGAAGACAGAGCUUGAGCGAAGCAUUAACGCCGCAAAUGCCGCUGCGACCGCCGCAGAGAACGCCCAGAAUAACGUUGACCACAACGUUCCCAUGCCGGAUGCUCCGCCGCCCCAGGAAGCUACCCCAUCGAUGCAGUCUACCGCACAGGCGGCAACUGAUGCUGCCAACGCACUUUUCUCACAACCGCAUCCGAACCGAUGGCCUCUCGAUAAACCGCCGGCGUCCUACAGUCAGCAGGGCGAACGGUUCAGUGACAUUCUUCACAUGCUGUUGAAGAUGCGUGGCGUCCCUCCUAAGACGACGACGGAACCCAUAACGAACGUUGUUGUUCCCAUAGACAACAUGACAAACAACCAGACGACAAACGCCACCAUCAACCCCAAGUCGGAUGCGCUUGCCAAGGAGUGGUUUGCCGAGGUCAAGAUCACACCCAUGUAUCUCGCGGAAAGGCGCAACGCCGUCUUCGUCGGCAGCGACCCGCGGGAGUGGGAGUGCUUCUACGUCAGCAAAAUUCUAGUUCACAACGGCAUCGUUGAGGGGACUGGCCGUCUAGUGCCGUAA